AGAAUUGAUCCUCUCUCUCUCUCUCUCUCUCUCUCUUAAUUAUAUAUGUCUGUUUCCUCCAUAAUAAGGAUCCUCCCAAAUUUUGUUAAUCAAAAAGACUACAUUCCUAACUCAUCACACCAUAAGUACUCCCAAACCAUGGAUUUCAUUUCGAAACACCAACACCCCUUUCUCUACAAGCUCUCUUGAAUGGAGAGUCUAACUUUCUUCACACCUCAACCCAAGAAAUACACUCUCUUCCUCAACACUUCCUUCCUCUUCCUCCUGUCAUUCUACAUCACUACCACCACUGUUCUCAAUCAAUCCAAAGGUUCCUCUUCCACCACCAUCCAAUUCACCCAAUAUAUGCAUACCAAUGCUUGUACUGGCCUACACGAGCACACCGAUUAUCAAUCCAAGUGUGCAUAUGUACAAUCAAAUAAUGCUUGUAAGCCCAAAGGCUACAUAAACUAUCUUGAAAUCUUUUACUGCUCAUGUGGCCAAUUGCCUUUCUUGGGCUAUGCUAUAUUGUUCUUAUGGCUUGUUUUGUUGUUCUAUAUGUUGGCUAACACAGCUGCAGAUUAUUUCUGUCCUUCCUUGGAAAGCUUGUCUAAAAUCUUGAAUCUUUCUCCAACCAUUGCCGGUACCACCCUCCUCCCUCUUGGAAAUGGUGCCACGGACGUGUUUUCUAGCAUCAUCUCAUUUACCCGCUCCGGUGAUGGUGAUGUUGGCCUCAACAUUGUCCUUGGCGGGGCAUUUUUUGUAUCAAGUGUUGUUGUGGGUAUUAUAAGUAUAGCUAUUAAUUCUCAUGAGAUUUCGGUUGAUAAGCCUAGUUUCAUUAGAGAUGUCCUUUUCUUCCUUUUUUCACUUUCUUCUCUGUUCUUUAUCAUUAUGGUCGGGAAAAUCAGUUUGUGGGGUGCAAUUUCCUUUGUUUCUCUGUACUUUGUCUAUAUUUUUGUGGUCUCUGUCAUGCAUUUCUUUCAUAGAAAGAAAAAUAGGGUUGUGAACCUAUCGUCAGUCUCUCCGACCUCAAUGAGCUUCUUAGGUGAGUUUGGUGAGAUUGGCAUUCCAUUAAUGGGUUGUGUCGAUGAAGAAAAAGCAAUUUUAGUGGAGAGAGGUGAUUUUGAAGCUUUGGUUCAAAAACCAAGAACAAGGUCUUUGAAUCUUGAUUCAUCAAUUUGGGUAUACUUGGCUUUUGUUUUGGAGAUGCCUCUGUACUUGCCAAGAAGGCUCACCAUACCGGUUGUUAGGGAAGAUAGAUGGUCUAAGCCAUUUGCAGUUAUUUCAGUUACAUUGGCUCCAAUUCUAUUAGCAACCCUUUGGAACACACAAAGAGAAAACAUGGCUUCAAAAACCAGUAUAGUGAACUAUAUGACUUCAGGCUUAAUGGGUUUUGUGCUUGGGAACAUCACAUUUGUGGCAACAAACAUGUCAAGCCCACCAAAGCAAUGCUUGUUCCCAUGGCUUGCAGGUGGGUUUUUGAUGAGCAUCACUUGGACAUACAUUGUUGCAGAGGAAUUGGUUUCUUUGUUGGUUUCAUUUGGGAACAUACUUGGGAUAAGCCCUUCAAUUCUAGGGCUGACAGUCCUAGCUUGGGGCAACUCAACUGGGGAUUUGAUGGCCAAUGUUGCUGUGGCAAUGAAGGGUGGGCCAGAUGGGGCACAAAUUGCAAUGUCAGGGUGCUAUGCUGGACCUGUGUUCAACACAAUGGUGGGUUUGGGAAUGUCACUUGUUUUAGCAGCGUGGUCUGAGUACCCAUCUUCUUAUGUGAUUCCUAGUGACCCGUAUCUCUAUGAGAUUCUAGGGUUUUUGAUGGCUGGUUUGCUUUGGGCUCUUGUGAUAUUGCCAAAGAAAAAUAUGAGAUUGGACAAGUCUUUGGGUGUUGGACUCUUGACCAUUUACUUCUGCUUUCUGUUUGUAAGGUUUGCUAGGGCUUUUGGGGUCGUAAAACUUGAUGGUUUAUACAUGUUCAAACUUUAAGGACUUGUUUCGGAACGCUUUCAUUUCUGAGUUUUUGUUCUUGUUAUUGAUCUUUUGGCAUUGGUAGAGCUAUAAUGCCAAAAGAAUAGCAAAACUUGAGUUUGUUUGAAGUAAUUCUUAAUCGAAGAUCUAUUUUGAUCUCCAUAUUA